AUCCGCCAGACCAGGAGUCCUUGCCAGCCUCGAUCCUUCACAUCUGGAGGGAAUUGGCAGCCGACAUGGACGACGAUUGGGGAUGGGUCCCGGAAUACAUCUACAUUGAGGGUGACGAACAAGUCCUCCUGGAGGCACUGGAGAAGGGAAAGCUACGGGUGAUCAGCGAUGGCUCCUUCAAGCAACAAGUGGGCACAGCCGCUGUCCAGCUACAAACUAGACGGGGAGGGCACAUCAUAUAG